AUGCAUGUGGAAGUCAGAGACAGAGUGUUCUUUCAACCCAAAGUUGCAUGGGGAGUCGGAAAGCAAAUGAGCAAUGAGGGUGGAUUGCAAUUGUGUUGUAAACGCGGCGUUCCAAAUAUGGUAACCCGCUUCAGCGGUUCACUCGCAACCCAGAUAAUCUGCAACACCCAAAGCAUUACAUACAAGUUUCUGGAGUUCAUGGGAAGCAGAAGGGGAAAGGAGGAAGUCAAACAGGAAUCGGAGAUAAUUAUCGAUAUGAACAAAUUUCGCCCAGGCGUUGGUGCAUGCACUGAAGGCACUCAAGUAGCAGUCCCCAUUGACAAUAUGAUGCAGAAGCGUGAAACAGGGAUCAUUGAUCGUUACAGGAUGUGUAAAAAGUCCGAAGGAGAAGAAGUGGAAGUGGUGGACAAAAAAGCGAAAGGUGAGAAAGCAUGGGGAGCUGCACUGUCUGAUGGAGUGGCCAUAGGAGAGGAAAGAAGCAAGUUGAGGGGUAACUGGAAUGUUUUAAAAGGCAAGGAAAAUUGGGCCAACUCAGGUUUCAACACAUGUGCAAUGGUAAUAGAACAUGAAAGGGAAUGGUUAGGACCGAAGAGGACCUCGGGAAGCAAUGGAAUAUGCAAUAAUAGAGGACCUUUUUGCACGGCAAUUCAGUCUAAGCCCACAAGACCCGCUACUCUGUAG